GUUGUGUUGAAUUUAGUUGAGUAAAUAAUUGAAAACAGGUUGGACGCAUUGCCGUUUCGUCGUUCGAAAGAGAACUUAUAAGCACAAAAAUUUUAUAUUUUAACAUUUAUAGAAAUUAUUAAUGAAAUAUAUAAACAAGAAAAGCGAAUAAGAAACAAAAUAAUUAUUAAAACCUCUGUGCAACACUCUCUGGUACACUUUUUUUAUGGUGUUCUUCAUUAUCGUCAGUGUUGAGAUUUUCUUUUCGGUUUUUUUUUUUGAAAAUGUGCGGACGAUUUCUUUUGCAUUGUUUCGAAGUGAAUUAUGAUUUCAUUCGCGUGUGAUUGGUGAUACAAACACGGAUACAAAAAAAGUGUUCUGUUUGGAUUGUGGUAUUAUACUCUAAACUCUGAAGACUCUGAUUACCGAAAGAAGAAGACGAAAAAAAAACAAGACACUUUAUCAACAUAAAUUCCUAUAAAAUUAAUAUAAAUAAAUACAACAACACAACACACAACAAAAAAAAAGUAAUAUUUAAAUGAUACGUGCUAUGAAUUGACAUGAACAAUAAAUAUGUAAAUCGAAACAUAAAAGAAGAUAAAAAAAAAUUAUUUGAAAGUUUCAACUUGUUUGUCAGAGACGCGAUUGAGAUUUUUAUACGUUUUACCUACAUUUUUUCGUGUCUUAUAUAUUAAAUACACCUGAGGCCAAUGUAAAGAAAGUGUUUGCGUGUGUAGUCAUAUUUUAAUAUAAAAAAAAAAUUGUUCGAAGGAAAAAUAAAAAAAAAAAAUUGCUGACUCUGGAUAUCAACCGUCUUUCAUAAGUAGACACAAAAAUAUUUUUAUUUAUUUUUUUGCUUAAACGAAAAGUCAGUUUUUGCGAAUUGAGUAUGUAACUCGCCAGUGUGACUCAUAUAACUCGAAUUUAAAUUUUUGAUUUUAUUUUUUUUCUCUGUUCAUAUUUUAACAUUAUUUUUGUAAACAUUUCGUUUACACUUAUUGAAUUGUGCGACGUUAAUAAAUACAUUCAAUAAUAUAAAAAACCAACAACACCACAAUAACAUUCAACGGUCUACCUACAUUCCAUCAAAUCAAAUUGAACUUCAGUUAUAUUUGAUACGAUUUGGUGCAUAAAUACGAGGAAAAAGGCAAUUAACAUGCUGUAAAGAAUAUCAAUGAACGAUAAAUGUCAACAGUAGAUAGAUAGAUAAGCGAUCGUUAAACAGCAUAAAUAUGUUGGACACUGACCUGGAUGAAUAUUUGACCGAAUAUCGUUUGCAGACACCAACCGAACCAACUGUUCACUACGAAGAUGGUGAACUAGAAGCUCAGUGGCUCGUGGCUGCAGGAUUUUCACAAUUAACAAAAGCAUUCCAAGAGGGUCGCGAACUGACCGCACUAGAACUGAAAUCAAGUGUUGCCGGACUGCCGAGUAAUCAUGCAGAAGCGGUUAAGCAACGGGUCAAAGCAUUAAAUAAAACCGUUCGUGGUCGAACCAGAUCACGACAUCCAAGAAAGCCAGACAUCAGAGAUGUUUUUCGCGAUGCGGACAAUUCCAGUACCGGUACUAGAUCACGCAGUGCGACACCAGACUCAUUGGAUUCCGUUUCCGGUGAUCAAUGGAACAACCAACAACCGCCAAGCUUUGUGUCCAUAUUCGACAAUGCUGCAACACCGCAAGGAAAAUCUAAGCAAAAUUUGCGUCGUACACCGAGUGCUCCGCUAAGAGGCAGUGCUGAUCUAUUCCGAGGGUCACACAUUCGUUGCGAUAUUCCGUUUUACACAUCUGAUGGAAUUGAACUGCUAGGAUUCCAGAGGCUAGGAACUGUUCAUCUACCACGCAUUCGCUCCGGUUCAGAUCCUUCAUGUUCCAUUGGACGAAUGACUGGUAGUCGCAUAAAUGGUGCAAGGAGUCACAGUAAUCUAUUCGCACAUCCAAGUGAUAACUCUUCAAAUUCAACAUCCCCAGACCAGAGCCCAACCAAUUCACCAUCCAAUAGUAUCUUAAUAGACCCAUACCGUCGAUCUAGUCAUGAACCAUUAAGUUUUGAGAGCAUCUGCAACGAUCAGAAUCGAUCGUCUGAAUUCAAUCUGCAAUUAAAUGAAGCGGGUUGCGAUGUUGGAAGUCUAUCAGAGUCUAAUUUGAAGAAGUUGCAGCCACUGUUAUGGCUCGAACUAGCGUCACUAUUCGACAAACACCAAAUCAAUUUGGACAAACGAAAACCGUUCAAAAGAAAACGGAAAGAAGAAGGCAAUCUGUUUGGUGUAUCGCUGAAUGCGCUGGUGCGGCGAGAUCAACAGGUGACCGGUGAAGAUUCAUCGCUGGUGCCAAUGUUGCUGCAGGACAUUUUAAAAGAAUUGACAAUACGUGGAGCUCGGGAAGAAGGUAUUUUACGGAUACCCGGCAAUAAGCAACGAACAGAGUUCUUGUACGUGGAAUUGGAAAAGAAUUUUUAUCUGAGAUACGACACCGUCGAUGAACUGCUGUCGAAAGCGGGAGUCCACGAUUUGAGCACACUUUUGAAACGGUGGUUGCGUGAAUUGCCAAUGCCAUUGCUGGCUACGGAACUUGUACAUUUAUUUUAUCAGUCGCAUGCUAUACCGCCACCCGAUCAAUACAAAGCCAUAUCUGUUUUGUGUCUGCUACUUCCCGACGAAAAUCGAAAUACUCUGAGGGCAAUCCUGCAGUUUCUGAAAAACAUCAUCAGCCUUCAAAGUUUCAACAAAAUGUCGUUGCAAAACGUUGCUACCAUCAUAGCACCAUCACUUUUUCCGCCAAGAUUUGUACAUCCAUGUGACAAAGCUGAUGUUACCGCGCAGGUUCGAAUGGCUGCACAGUGUUGUCAAUUGGCUAGCGUGUUAAUAGCAAAUUGUGACAAUUUGUGGACGGUGCCGCAUAGAUUGAUUGACCAGGCGAAAACGAUGACCAAAUACGGUCAACGUAAACGACAAAUGGGUCGCCGCAGUGCACCGAACAUUAACGAAUGCAAUUUGCAGCGAUAGAGUCGCUUAAUUUCGAAUAAAUUUAGUUUAAUUGAAAACAGUGCAUAUUAUACAUUUACAUUUAUAAAUACCGACCAGAUGCGAAUAUAUUUAAAAAAAAAAUUAAGUUUUUUGUUACAUAACCUCCCCCACAUUUACGAUUAUUUAAUUAUUAAAAAAAAAGUCUUUUGUGUUUCGCUAAGGAUUUUGUUUUUUCUUCUGUUCUGGUUUCUUCAAAUAAUUUUUUUGUUUGUUUUACACCAUCGCAAAAUAUUUUAAUGAAUAUUUAAAUAACGUACUGAUAUUGUUUAUUGACGACACAACAUGACUCAUAUUAAGUGAUCGAGAAAUAUAUUGGUUUCCGAAAUAUUUUUACAGAAAAA